CACGCGGAGCGGGGACCCCAGGAGAGCGCGCCGCCGAGGGGAGGAGCGCAGGGGAGCCGAUCGCGCGCCGGGAGGGCUGGGGACGUGGUCUCGGGCCGGGAGGCUCCCGCGCACAGCCGAGGCCGGGGGGUCUGGGGCCGCACCCCGCGGGCCCGCAGCUGCCGUCACCCAGGAGCGGCAGCUGUGCCCGGGGUCCCAGCGGCGGCGGGAGCAGGCAGAGGAGCUGCAGCUGGACGGUGGCAGCUGGAAGAGGAACCGCACAGCUGUCCCGUGUCCCGGCCAGAGGGCCGCGCUCCCCUCGCUGAGCCGAGCUGGGAUGACCCGCUGACCGCGGCCAUGCAGCCUUGACCGGGACGCUCCGGCGCGCAGGGGACGAGCCGCGGGGCGUGCCCUCCCGGAAAGGGGCACCGGGGCGCAGGCAGCGGCUCUACCUCCGACUCUAGCCCAGCGGGGAGCGAAGCUACCUACCAUGGAACCCGUGACCAAGUGGAGCCCCAAACAAGUGGUGGACUGGACUAGAGGGUUGGAUGACUGCCUGCAGCAGUAUGUCCACAAGUUUGAACGGGAGAAGAUAAAUGGAGAGCAGCUGCUGCAGAUUUCCCAUCAGGAUCUUGAGGAGCUUGGGGUCACGCGGAUCGGACACCAGGAGCUUGUGUUGGAGGCUGUUGACCUUCUCUGUGCACUGAAUUAUGGCCUUGAAACCGAUAAUAUGAAGAACUUGAUUCUGAAACUGCGAGCAUCUUCCCACAAUUUACAUAAUUACAUAAGUAGCCGGCGGAAAAGUCCAGCUUAUGAUGGGAACUCCUCCCGCAAGCCCCCCAACGAGUUCCUGACCUCUGUGGUGGAGCUGAUCGGUGCUGCGAAGGCCUUGUUAGCUUGGCUGGACCGGGCUCCAUUUACAGGGAUCACUGAUUUCUCAGUAACAAAGAACAAGAUCAUUCAGCUUUGCUUGGACCUGACCACUACAGUCCAGAAGGAUUGCCUUGUAGCAGACAUGGAGGAUAAAGUUUUAACUGUAGUCAAGGUUUUAAAUGGCAUAUGUGACAAAACAAUCCGAUCUACUACGGAUCCUGUUAUGAGCCAGUGUGCAUGCCUGGAGGAAGUUCACUUACCAAACGUUAGACCUGGGGAAGGCUUGGGCAUGUAUAUCAAAUCCACUUAUGACGGAUUGCAUGUGAUUACUGGAACCACAGAAAAUUCUCCUGCAGACAGAUCUCAGAAGAUUCACGCUGGUGAUGAAGUCAUUCAAGUUAACCAGCAAACUGUGGUGGGAUGGCAGCUAAAAAAUCUGGUGAGAAAAUUGAGAGAGAAUCCCACGGGAGUUGUGCUACUGCUUAAGAAACGUCCCACGGGUUCUUUCAACUUUACCCCUGCUCCCCUGAAAAACCUACGGUGGAAGCCACCUCUUGUGCAGACCUCACCUCCACCCACGACCACCCAGUCCCCAGAAAGCACCAUGGAUACCUCGCUGAAGAAGGAGAAGCCAGCCAUCCUGGAUCUUUACAUUCCUCCUCCGCCAGCUGUUCCCUACUCUCCCCGGGACCAGAAUGGGAGUUUUGUGUAUGGAGGAUUCAGUAAGUGUAAACAACCACUGCCUGGUCCGAAGGGUUCUGAGUCCCCGAAUUCCUUCUUGGACCAGGAAAGCCGUAGACGCAGGUUCACCAUUGCUGAUUCUGACCAGUUGCCGGGGUAUUCGGUGGAAACCAACAUCCUACCCACAAAAAUGAGAGAGAAAACACCAUGUUAUGGCAAGCCCCGGCCCUUGUCCAUGCCUGCGGAUGGGAACUGGAUGGGGAUUGUGGACCCUUUUGCCAGACCUCGAGGUCAUGGGAGGAAAGGGGAAGAUGCCCUUUGCCGGUAUUUCAGUAAUGAGCGGAUUCCUCCCAUCAUCGAAGAGAGCUCGGCUCCCCCGUACCGGUUCUCCAGACCCACGACAGAGCGACAUCUGGUGCGAGGCGCAGACUACAUCCGAGGGAGCAGGUGCUACGUCAAUUCAGAUCUCCACAGCAGCGCCACGAUCCCAUUCCAGGACGAAGGGACCAGAAAGAAAUCUGUCUCCUCGGCCGCCAAGUCCUCGUCCACGGAGCCGUCCCUGCUGGUCAGCUGGUUGACCCGCCUGAAACUGUUGACUCACUGAUGCUGCUGGCCAGACUCCCGCCUGGCUGCUGCGACAAGUGCCUUGUGUCCCCAGUGGACAGCCUCUUCUGAUUUCCUCCACAGUAUUAUGUAGUGACCUUAUGUGAUUUCAUUGUUUUGUUUCGGAAAGUGGUUACACUGCCCUUCUCAGAAUUUUGAAGUAAUGGGAACAAAUCCAGAGGGUCUCAGGUGCUGGCUUUGGAGGCGGAAGGAGGGAAAUGGGUAGAGUCUGCUUUUCCUGCUUCCCCAGAGAUGGAACAUGGGGACAAGCUCCAGAAAUUGUUGUCUUGGCCAGAAAUGCUCUGGUCAUUGUGAGGAACU